UAUGUUUAUGUUACAAAAAAAAAAGUUUCUAAAAAUAGAUUUUUUCAGAUUUUCUAUGUAUUUUUGCAAAUUCAGAAUGGUAAAUUAUAAUUAACUUAAAAUAAUUAUAUUUAUUAAAGUAUUUAAUCAGAAAAAUAAAACAUUUAUCGUCGAAUUUGAAUGUUAUUUUAAUAUGUGUAGAGACAAAAAUAAAAUAUCUCCCAGAAAAAGGAGUAUCAUUUGUGUUUAUCUUCUUUUUUCAUUACUUCUGAAAAAGAGCUCAGCUUAAUAAGUUAGUUAGAAGUCAACGAAAAUAUAGUUAAUGAGAACUGUGCUUAGGACAGCGAUGAAUCAUACAGACAGAACUGGCUGGAUGUAAAGCAAUCUGUUGUCGUGGUAAUAACAAAAUAAUAAUAUACUAAUCAGAAACUGCGCUUCACAAUCAAACUUAUAUGGUCUGAUUUGGUCAAUGAUUAACGCGAUUGAGAAUGAAUUGCAUUCCGUUACUACGCUCAUCCAAAUUAGAGACUUCAAACCCUAUAAACCCCCAAGAACAGGAGCCGCAGAGAGGGAGGAUGCAGGAGAUAGAUCUCGGCAUCCACACUAUAAGAAGCCACGGAGGCAGCGUCGCCUCUAAACACAAACACGACUGGAUCAUACUCGUGAUCUUGGUGGCCAUCGAGAUCGGUUUGCAGCUCAUAUCUCCUUUCUACAGAUACGUCGGUAGAGACAUGAUGACUGAUCUCAAAUACCCUUUUAACGACAACACCGUCCCUGUCUGGUCAGUACCAAUCUACGCUGUGCUGCUCCCAAUCAUAAUCUUCGUCUGGUUCUACAUGAAGAGGACAUGCGUGUACGAUCUUCACCACAGCAUUCUCGGGCUUCUCUUCACGGUUUUGAUAACUGGUAUCAUCACUGAUUCCAUCAAGCUCGCCACGGGACGCCCUCGUCCUAACUUCUACUGGCGUUGCUUCCCUGACGGCAAAGAGGUUUACAACGCGUUGGGUGGUGUGAUAUGCCAUGGUAAACCAGGAGAGGUUAAAGAAGGUCACAAAAGCUUCCCGAGUGGACACACGUCUUGGUCUUUCGCGGGACUUGGUUACCUUUCGCUGUACUUAUCUGGUAAAGUCAAGGCCUUUAACAGAGAAGGGCAUGUGGCUAAGCUCUGCAUUGUGUUUGCUCCUCUCCUCGCGGCUUGUCUCGUGGGGAUAUCGCGUGUGGAUGACUACUGGCAUCAUUGGCAAGACGUCUUUGCUGGAGCUCUUAUUGGCCUCUUUGUGGCUGCCUUUUGUUACCGUCAGUUUUAUCCUAACCCUUACCACGAAGAAGGGUGGGGUCCUUAUGCUUAUUUUAGAGCGGUGCAGGAGCGUGGACAAGCGCAUAAUGGAGAUGCGUUGAGGACAAUGUCUUUGCAGGUGGAACCAACUUCUCUUGAAAACAUGGAAUCUGGUACUUCAUCUGUUCGAAGAUGAUUGAUUAGUUCCUCUUCUUUCGUCAUUUGAUUAUUUGGCUUCUUUUUUUUUUUUCCAUUUUGGUCGUCGUGAGAGCGUGGAUGAAGUCGUUGCAUAUUUGCAUUUUUUAACCUUAACUAGUACUCUUACAUUUGUAAGUAGAUCUAUUCUUCAUAUCUUAUUUUUUGGAAUUUUUUUUAAUCAGAGUCGAGAAGAUGGCACCAUAUAUCUAUAUUCCGAUUAUACAGCU